GCCUGUACUAUUUCACCCUUGUUGAUCCUUGUGCGUGCUCCCAAAUAUGUAAGUAACAAACUUUUUUCUUUUUGAGUUUAACUUUAAGUUAGCUUUCACCUCUCCUUUACUGUACCCCAAGAUAAGAAAAUGAGCACCGAAACCGCAGACUGCGUUCGCAUCGCUGUCGUCGGUAGCGGACUGGCUGCGGUGGCUUGCGUGCGAGCGUUGUGUGAACAGGUGAAAGCAGCAAGGGCUGAAACUUCUGCAGGUGGGGUGAAGGAGAUCAAAGUUUAUCUCUUUACCGCACGGGGGAAAUUUACUUCGCAAAUGCACGGGGCCCCGAAUCAAGCCUUCUGCAAACCGGGCCAGCCGUUUUACGAUUAUGGGUGUCAGUACGUCAGUACCUACGACAGAACGCCGUUUUGCAAGUUCAUUGAGAAGCACUGGCGUGGGGAUAAAAAGACGAACUGCGUGAAGGAGCUGGUGCCGGUUGCCUCCGGACAAACAAGCAACAGAGAGUGCUUCCCUGUGCGAAAAGCGAAAGCCGUCGUCACAACCGGGAAUAAUAUGUCGUCGCCGCGUUUCGAUUUUUCGGACCUCUGUGCAGAAAGAUCAGCGUCUGUGUCUGGGAAGGAGACACCGGGGGCGCGCACUCGAGUGUUCUACUCGGAAACCGGAAUGUGGAACCUGAUGCUGGAGCAAUUUGCAGCGCUCGAAAAGGAUUUCCCGAACUUUCUCACCGUCGUGCGCGGUUUCCCGACCGAAGACCGAAUGGUCAAGGGACUUGUGCAGCAUAGAACUGCUACCACUACUAGCGAUCGGAAGAUGAGCAGCUGCAAAUGGUCGCUUAAACUUGGCAAGCGCAGGCCGCAGCCGGAUUUCGUGGAUUCGGAGAACAAAGUCGUUCUGUUUGACUUCGUCGUCGGAGCCUUUUCCCAACACGUCUUGUUCGAGCCGUUUUUGAAGACUGCCGAGGUUGUCACGCAGGACAAAUCGGGUAGUACUUCUGCUGGUGAGCAAGGGAGAAACCCGUGUCAGAACCUUUUAGACACACUUUCGAAGUCCCGCUGCAACCAACUCUUUCCAAUGCAAGUCAAGGUCACGCUAAACGUUCCGGUACCGCCCUGGCUAGGUCUGCACGUGAUAGUACAAAACAGUUGCAAGAUAGGUGAAGAUGAGAGCCCAGCGGCAGAAAGAGCAAAGGGGUUAUUUCCAAUAGCGUUUGUGGGGAAUAAUUCCUUCAAACAAGCACAGCAGCAAGCAGGGCCACAGGCGACUGCUACUACUGCCAGUUCGCCGUUCAAGCCGAAGUCCCGAUGGAACAACAGCAAGAGGCACCGGAGUUCCUCGCACGAAGAUGAAGGAAAAAAUAUUGACGAUGGCACCAAAGAAGAAAACGACAGCAAUAUCGCGUAUCUCACCGUUUUAUCCACUGCUGCCUACGCAGAGUAUGAAUUCAACCUCGGAAGCCGCCAGCAAUAUCGGAAAACCGGUGAGAAGACGCUGAUCAAAGCUUUGGAGCAGCUCUUGCGUGAUGACCACGAUAAUCGAGCCAAAGCACGCAACUUACCACCACGAGAUCCGCCUCUAGCAUCGUCAAUAGCGUCGUACGAAGUCAACCGGAUCUUGCACUGGGAAGACGCAGUCCCGGUGAAUCGAGUGGAAUCAAGUCCGGAGAAUUGUUGCAUCCUUGAUGCAGCAAACCACAUUGGCUGGUGCGGAGACAUCUGUGUUGCACCGUGUGCAGAAGCGGCUUGGUGCAGCGGUAUUAUGAUGGCCAGUAGAGUCAUUGGUUCGGGUAUUUUUGAAAACCCAUCGUGCAAGGAUUUUGCGCAGUCGAUGCAAACGGAAUUGCGGCCGACGCUGGAGCGACUUUCGAGGCAAGGCGGCAGUACGGCCGACGGUGGCUCCUAUUCGUCGACGGACAUCGGGGUGUUUGCAUUUCCGACAAACGAACUCGGAGAUUGCAGCACGCACUUCUACGACUACUUGCAGGAGAAAGACCUAACGAGUGGAAGGAACAAAGGCGGGUACCAACGCUGGUUCGACCCGGAAGACGGGGGCGCAGGGAAAAAAGGGAGCGGUAAAAAUGCACAGUCAAAGUCAAAUCGUGCCGGUGAAGGGUCGUCUUCUUCGGGAAGAAAUCAUGGUAAAUCAAAAGGAAAGAAGGCUAGUGGAAAUGAAGCACGAGGAAGCAAGCAAGGUCAACAGAUAGGAAAGUAG